AUGCCUACAGAGAAGGCGCAACCAACAGCAGAAUGCAGUAAAGUGGUCAGCAUGGCUACAACAGUUACCCCAUUGGACCUAAAGGCAACCAAUUUGUCACUCGCAUGGAAUAAUUGGAAAAAUUCCUUCAAAAUAUACAUGCGUGCAGCGGGGCUGGAGCAAGAGACCGACCAGCAAAAGGUGGCACUAUUGCUGCACCACAUAGGACCGGAUUCGCUCUUGGUGUUCAACUCGUUCAACUAUGAUAUUGAUACGGUUGGCUACGAUGAACUCCUAAAAAGUUUUAACGACUACUUCGUGCCUAAAGUGAAUGUGGUUGUGGAGAGAUAUCGGUUCUUCUCCAGGAAGCAAGCUGAAGAAGAGACAAUUGAAGAAUUCGUAACUGUUUUAAAGAACCUUAGCCUAUCAUGCGAAUUCAAAACUUUACGGGAAGAUUUAAUAAGAGACAUUUUUGUGUGCGGGCUUUCGCCAAGGUUUAAAAGUGUCAAAGAACGCUUGCUCAGCGAAGUGGACUUAAAAUUAGAUAAAGCAGUGGCAAUCGCAAAAAACAUGGUCUUAGCCAAAGAAAACUCAGCCGAAUUGGGUGCAGAUAAUGAAGUUUAUAGCAGUUAUCAGGAACAAAAGCGGUGA